GUAUAUGGUUCUAAGUAUUCAAAAGAAAUUGAAUUCCUAAAUUAGUUCAACUUUCAUUUCGUUUAGGGAAAAUAAAAUCGAACCAAAAGAUAGAACCAAAAGAUGAGAGAAUUAAAUCUCUUUCAAAUAGGUUGUUGAAGAUUAUCAUAUUACCUUUUUUAUUAUUAACAUUACAUACGAAACCCCCAUCACCACCACCACCUUGUCUCCAUCACCACCCAACCCCUCCGUCGCCACCACCACUGUCACCAACCAUUACUGCUACAAUCACCUAUCUCGCCACUGCCACCACCCAUCAUCUCCUCCACCUCCGCCACCACCCACCAUUACUUCCACCAAUGCUGCCACCACCACAACCACCAUAACUACCACAACUGACAACACUACCUUUGCUUUUGGGGAAAAACGAAAUAGGGUUAUUGGAAAUCUGGAUCACAAACAGGAAUCGUGUUAACACUUUCCUUGUUUGAUAUUUCGACCCUAUAUGCCAUGGGUAUCACGAAAUCCAAACUUGGGAUAAUCUCCCUUACUAAUAAACAAAACCGAUCAUCCACCUGUCAUUCAAAAAUCGAUUUCCUCCAAAUGUAAAUUCCCAAUUAUACCCAUCCUUUGUAUUACGUAUCACGUAUCAUGAGAAUCGGAUUCAUAAUCUUAAUUUAAAUUGGAAUUUUACAAUCUGAAUAUGGCAAUAUGGCAAUUUCAAUGUGCAAAUCCGAAUAUAGAUGGAAAUCGAAUGCAGUAUUCAAUCAAUUUUGUUAUAUGGCCGAUUAAAUUCAUCUUUUUAUGAAAGAAAGAUCACUUUGAUUAAAGACUUGGACAAUAUGAACGAUGAUUACACACUAAAAGUGUCUAUCAUCCGCCUGUGGAAAUCGCUUUCAGAUGGUAACCCCACUAUUGUCAGAUCAAUUGAGAUGAUACUCAUGGAUGAAAUGUGUACAAAAAUCCGAGCAAGUGUGUAUCCAAGAGAUUUUCAAAGGUUUGAGUCCAAACUGAAAGAAGAUCAAGCUGUUUACAUCCGAUCCCCCACUAUCGCUCCUAACAAAUACACUUUUAAAAUAAGUGAUGUAACCUCCAAGUUAAAUUUCCAUCGAAGAACAACUGUUAAUGAGUGUCUACACUUUCAAUCCAAAACAACAUAUGGAUUUUCUUUUGUUUCUUAUGAAACAAUUAUCUCUGCAACAGCUACCUCUAAUGAAUCAAUUGAUAUUAUUGGUGAAGUUGUUUCAUUAGGAAAGCUUGAUUCCCGUGAUGUCACCAAAUCUCUACAUAGGCUGCCUUUACAAAUCAGAAACUUAGAAGGUUUGCAGGUUAACGUUACAUUGUUUGGAGAUAUUGCAUACCAGCUAAUUUCUUAUCUUGAAGCUCAUAAACAAGUUGCUCGUGUGAUUGUCCUUUUGCAAUUUGCAAGAAUUAAUGUCUAUAACGCAACACCUUCUGUUAACAGUUAUUAUGAACAAACACGGAUGUUCAUAAAUGCUAAUCUUCCCGAAAUUGUUACCUUCACAGAUAGCUUGGUUGGAUUACGAGGACUUCAAAACCCUUCUGCUUCUUUGACUGUUGAAAGCUCUAAAUCAUAUUCGGAAUCUGAUGACUUCUUGAAUAAUUACAAAGUUAAAAAUGUUGUCGAUUUGAUAGAACCACAAGAGGUCGGCCAAUAUAUCAUUGUCGGGACCAUUUAUGGUAUUCGCCAAGAUAUUGAUUGGUAUUAUGAUGCGUGUACAAACUGUGGAAAGAAAGUUGAAACAGAAGAUGUGUUCAGCGGUCCAGAUAGUGGUGAUGCAAGUGUCGUUUUAAAAUGCAAUGGUCAUAAUUGUAAAAAUAAGAAGAUCUCUUCCGUUCCAAGGUAUAAAAUACCUAUUCGUGUGCAAGAUGAUUCUGGAACAAUCACUCUAACUCUCUUUGAUAGAGAUGCUUAUAGACUUGUCAAAAAACGCGCACGUGAUCUUUUAGAUCAAAUCAAACAGGCUGGGGAUAAUCCAAGAUUAUAUCCGUAUGACCUCAAAUGUCUGGAGCAUAAAAAGAUGGCUUUUAAGAUCGAUGUUAACAGUUUUAACGUAUCCAAUAACUACAAUCGGUUUGGGAUACUUGGCUAUACGGUUGAUAGUAACGUUAUCGAUGCUUUGGAAAAAAAGUUAGCUGUCGAGGCAGGUAGUCCUGCAAAUAAUGAUGAUACAGAAAUCGCAUCUCAUGAAGUAUCCCACGAAACGAAGUCAUUAAAGGAUGCGAUAUCGCAAACAGGUGAUAAUUUGACCCCAACAAUGGCUGGCAAAUUUGAAGCUACAAGUCCGUUCAAGUAUAAUUCCCCAACAAUAGUAAAAAAACGAAAUGUUGGAGAUACCAUUGAUGUUGAUGAUUAUGAUAAUGUGAAUUCGUCCACCAAGGUCCCUCGAUUGAAUUCCAAAGUUGAUGGCAACACAGGUCUAUUAAUACCAAAGCUUGAAAAGUAAUUUCAGAUUGUCCUUUUUUAAUCAACAAUGUUCUUGAAUAUGGGUUUUUUUUUGGAUUCUCUUUCACAGUAUUGCUCUUUCUGGUGUCCAGUGUUCAAACAUUGAUACUUCUUGCUUUAUUUUUGUUGGUAUUCUACAUUUUAAUACGAUUAUGAUUUUA